AUUUGAUGUCACUUGCGAAAAGUAAAUCGCCAGCCACCAGUCGCUUUUUUCUGCAUGGAUUUCUUUUUUUCCUUGUUGGAGAUAAUCUAGAAAUCUCAAGCACUUGGUUACUCAUCCCUUAAAUCUUUAACGUUACCAGCAGUAAAGCAGAAUAAACGGGAGAGCCGGCACUUUCCUUGUCACCAAUGGAGGAACAACUUUUGGACGAAUUGCGAAAUGUUGGAUAUGAGGGUCCGUUUCUGGAUCGUAACUAUGCCAGCAGUGCCAUAGCAGGAGGGGCACAAAAUGGCGAAUUUCAGGAUAUUAUUAUCUGGUUGACGGAGGAAAUCCGGAUUCUUGGUAAACUGGAUGAGAAAAUCUCCAAGAGCGAAGAUGCAAGUACAUUCGUACUGGAACUUUCAGGCUUUCUUAAAGAGCUGACAUGUCCUUACACUAGUUUGACCGUUGGACAUGUUUCGGAUCGCUUGCAAACCUACGAAUCAAAAAUGAUCCUGCUGGAGUACUUGGUUAACGAGCUGAUGGCAUUCAAGAUGAUUGAGGCGUUGAAACCGAAGGAGCAGAAGAAUGUGAUUACGUUAUUCGAAUCGCCAACUGCUGCCGCUUUGAAGGAUAUCUCGAUAACGCUUGGCCUCGGCAAACCGCCUAACAACAUUCCCGUGAAGGUUCUUUUUGAGAAAAUCAACGUUUGCCUGUCCGAUACCAUUCGUAUAGCCGGAGAGAAGCGUCUCAGUCGACCUUUGUUUGAACCCAAGAAAAACCUCACCAUGGAACAGUGGAACCGUCUGGAUAAAUUGCAAAAAGAUUUAGAUACUGAGUACGACUUGCGUAGAAAAAUGUUGCUCACUCGUCUGGACGUCACCAUCCAGAGCUUCAAAUGGUCUACCCGUGUCAAGGGAAAGGAAGGUCAAAUGACGGAACGCUACGCGGAAAAACGGAAACUCCUGGAUUCCUUGCAAACCGGUGGCCGAGACACGGAUUUGGCUGCGUUGCUGGGAGCUCGUGAAACCAUGGCUAUCAUCGAAAAAACGAGCAGUGCCAGCGUGCGGCGCAAUACCCGGAGUAAAAUCCAACGGCACAUUAUCGGGCGGGUUCCGGAUCGAGGCGGCCGCGCCUAUGAACACAACCCUCCACCGCUGGAGAUGCCUUCGUGGCAAACGCAACGUAGCACCGGUGGGCCGGGUGGAGGCGGUGGCCGCGGUGGUUUCGGAGGAGGUGGACGGGGUGGGCAAUCGAAUCGCGGCGGUGGUGGUGGAGGUUAUCAGCAGCAGGGAGGUUAUAAUCAGAACUCUGGCGGCGGCGGAGGUGGUGGUGGCUACAAUCAAGGUGGCGGUGGAUACAACCAAGGCGGCAGUGGAUACAGCCAAGGUGGUGGUGGAGGAGGUGGUUAUCAACAGCAAAACCAACACCGUGGAGGAGGAGGGGGUGGAGGUGGCAGUCGAGUGCAAGGCGGUUGGUCCCAACCCCAGAAAGAUUACAACCAGAGCUAUGGCAGCAACAAUAGUGGAUACAGUUCUGGUGGUUCAGGUAACCGCGGAUAUACCAGCAACGAUCAAUAUAGCAAUAGUUCCGUUGGUUCGGGCGGAUAUCGUGACAAUAGGGGUGGUGGAGGUGGUGGUGACCACUACAACCGCAGCCAUAGUGAAUAUGAUAAUGAUAAUCGUAGGAACAGUGGAGGCGGCGGUGGAGAACGUGGACGAUCCAAUUACAAUCGAGGUGGUCGGCGUUGAUAGCAUGAUACUUCCUUAAUUUUCCAAGAAGGUUGCACAUUAUGAAACGGAAGGCUCUUUUACUUGUAUUUAUCACAAAUACAGUCAAUAAACUAACCUUAAAUUGUA